GACAGGAAAGCUCAGCUGAGCAACCUCUGGCAACUGCUUUACUCUCCUUGGCAUCGCCGCUGCCUCCUAAGUUCCCCGCAGCCCUGAGAAGGGUGGUGGUCUUUGUCUAGCAGGCCUGUCCAAGCGGUGCCUCCUGGGGACCUGCUUCAGCUUUCUGGACACCCUUAAGUCAAGAGCAGCUCCCCCUCAGCCCCCAGAAAAACUGCUCCUGAGCCCCUGCUCCAAGAAGACCCCAGUAAAACAGAUCGACAUGGCAGACAUGGACACCAGCAGCACCGCUGCUGGCGCUGGAGCGGAUGAUGUUUCCCUUUUCAGCAUGACGGACAUGUUUCUCUUUUCCCUCAUUGUGGGCCUUCUGACCUACUGGUUCUUCUUCAGAAAGAAAAAGGAAGAGAUCCCAGAGUUCACCAAAAUUCAGCCAGUAGCCUCUUCUGUCAAAGACAGCAGCUUUGUGGAGAAGAUGAAGAAAACGGGCAGGAACAUCGUUGUAUUUUAUGGCUCCCAGACGGGCACAGCUGAAGAAUUUGCUAACCGUCUUGCCAAGGAUGCCCACCGCUACGGAAUGCGGGGCAUGGCCGCUGACCCUGAGGAGUAUGACUUGGCGGAUUUGAGCAGCCUUCCAGAAAUAGAGAAUGCCCUGGCAGUGUUUUGCAUGGCCACCUAUGGGGAGGGGGACCCUACGGACAACGCCCAGGACUUCUAUGACUGGCUACAAGAGACAGAUGCUGAUCUCUCUGGUGUCAAAUAUGCGGUGUUUGCUCUUGGGAACAAGACCUACGAACACUUCAAUGCAAUGGGGAAAUAUGUGGACAACAGACUGGAGCAGUUGGGUGCUCAGCGGAUAUUUGAACUGGGCUUGGGAGACGAUGAUGGGAAUUUGGAGGAAGAUUUUAUCACCUGGCGAGAGCAGUUCUGGCCAGCUGUUUGUGAACACUUUGGAGUGGAAGCUACUGGUGAGGAGUCCAGCAUUCGUCAGUAUGAGCUGGUGGUGCACACAGAUGAGAACAUGAACAAAGUGUACACCGGAGAGAUGGGCCGGCUAAAGAGCUAUGAGAACCAGAAACCGCCUUUCGAUGCCAAGAAUCCAUUCCUGGCGACUGUGACCACCAAUCGGAAGUUGAACCAAGGAGGAGAACGCCACCUCAUGCACCUGGAGUUAGACAUCUCAAAUUCCAAAAUCAGGUAUGAGUCUGGGGACCACGUUGCUGUGUAUCCAGCCAAUGACGCGUCACUCGUUAAUCAGCUUGGAGAGAUCCUGGGUGCUGAUCUGGAUGUGAUCAUCUCUCUGAACAACCUGGAUGAGGAGUCCAACAAGAAGCACCCGUUUCCCUGCCCUACUACUUACCGCACGGCGCUCACCUACUACCUGGACAUCACCAAUCCCCCCCGUACCAAUGUUCUCUAUGAGUUGGCCCAGUAUGCUGGAGAGCCAGUCGAACAGGAGCAACUCCGAAAGAUGGCAUCGUCAGCGGGCGAGGGCAAGGAGCUGUACCUGAACUGGGUUGUGGAAGCCCGUAGGAACAUCCUGGCCAUUCUUCAGGAUUACCCCUCCCUCCGGCCCCCCAUUGACCACUUGUGUGAGCUGCUGCCCCGUCUGCAGGCCCGCUACUACUCCAUUGCCUCCUCCUCCAAGGUCCACCCCAGCUCCGUCCACAUCUGUGCGGUCGUGGUGGAGUACGAGACCAAGGCGGGCCGGAUCAACAAGGGGGUGGCCACCAACUGGCUCAAGGCCAAGGAGCCCGCCCUAGAGAACGGGCACAAGGCCACGGUGCCCAUGUUCGUGCGGAAGUCCCAGUUCCGCCUGCCCUUCAAGCCCACCACGCCCGUGGUGAUGAUCGGCCCGGGCACCGGCAUCGCGCCCUUCGUGGGCUUCAUCCAGGAGCGAGCCUGGCUCAAAGAACAGGGUAAGGAAGUGGGAGAGACCGUGCUCUACUAUGGCUGCCGCCGCUCCGAAGAGGACUACCUGUACCGGGAGGAGCUGGCACACUUCCAGAAGACCGGCGUCCUGUCCCAGCUCCACGUGGCCUUCUCCCGGGAGCAGGAGCACAAGGUUUAUGUGCAGCACCUGAUGAAGCAGAACAAGGAAAAUCUCUGGCGGCUGAUCCAGGAGGGCAGCGCGCACAUCUACGUGUGCGGGGAUGCCCGGAACAUGGCUCGGGACGUGCAGAAUGUGUUCUGUGACAUCGUGUCCGAAUUUGGGGGCAUGAGCCACUCACAGGCUGUGGACUUCAUCAAGAAACUGAUGGCUAAGGGGCGCUAUUCCCUGGACGUCUGGAGCUAGGAUGCCCCGGCCUAGCCUGGGGACUGAGAGAGGGCCUUGGCAAGGAGGAGGCCUAAGGACUGGCUCCAACCCCCCCAGCCCACCACCAGAUCUUUUGUACCCAGUAAUCAGUCCCUUUCUCAUUGCCUUCUCACUCUUACUAGGUUGAAACAACCUUGGCCUGGCCAGGAAGGGCCAAGGGACCACCCGAGCAGAGCCCACUGGCAGCCAAGCCCUAGCUAACGGUCACCAUUUAGGAUGUCCCAGAGCGGCACGGGGACAGCAUGACUGCUUCUGUGCUCUUGACGUCAUAAGUUGGGGAUGUGGGGGCAAGGGGGUCAGAGCAAAGCCUGCCUCCCGUCCCCAGGCCAUGGCCUCCUCUACCUCAACUCCCAAGUACCCCUGGGGUUUAGAGAGGGGAACCUAGCUUCCCCUACCCUUUUGGAAGAGGAGGGAAGGAUUAGGUGGGUCCCUACCCCAGUGACUGGAGUCUAGGAUGCCUGUGGCCAGGGCUCUUCCUGUGCCAAAGUGCCCACCCCCUUCCCCUCCGUGUGGGUUGGGAAUCCAGUGGCCUUUGGUCUGUCUCCCGACUGCCGGCAUCAGGCCAAGGCCUUGAAAGUUGCUGCUCAAUGGGGAGAGAAGUGGGGGCAAUCUCAAAGCCAGGGCCUCUGCCCACUGCAGCCAAUCCUGGUGCCUCGGGGGCUCUAAGACCCUCCUUACUCCCUAGUUUUCUGAGUUUCCUGCCUGUUGAUAUUGGCCUCAGCCAAGAACCGGGCUUUGGGGAGAGAAUGCUGGGUGGGUACCACAGAACGUCCAAUGAGUGUAAAUACUUUUGAAAUGUCCAGUGACCCUUGGAAUAAAAUUGUUUUUGGUUUUUUUCUGUAUCUGCCCUUGGAGUAGCUUUGAAUUGUGUGUGAGCAGCUUUGGCUCGGCUCUGAGCUCUGGAACUUUGUGCAGCCCAGCUCUUCCUCGUGGUGUGAAGAGGGGCUAUGAGGGGACUUGGUUAGUGAUGUUUCCCCUCCAGAACAUUAAAUGUGAAAAUUGUAUCAAA